AUGACCCCAAAACCAACUUGCUCAAGUGGGAUGGAAAGGUUCCGAGCUCCACAAUGCACUCCAACUCCCAACAUCCUCACACUAUCUUUAAACAAGACUUGGGAAAUAGCUCGUGAACCUCUCCAUAAGGAAGUUGAUAAUCUGAAGACCAAUAGGGUGGGACAAGGCAUUCCCUUUUCCAACCAAAUAUUGGUAAAACGUCCAAACUUUGGAGUGAUUAGCCAGGUCCUUUGGGCAAUAGGAGGAACAAAGAUAGAAAAGUGGCAGAAGGUUUCUACUGGAGAUGGAAAGUUCCUAAGAUCUGUAAGAGAUGCUCAGCUGAAUAUAAAACUGAAGAAUGUCGUGCAUGUUGAUUUUGUGGGAUCAACCUUUUUGGCAGAUCACUUGCAUUUGGAUACAAAGUCUACUGUUCGCAUUGGUCAGAAGCUAGCUGAUAGUUUCUAUACAAGUUUUACCACUAGAAGAAUCCAGUAA